AUAACAUAUGUCAGCUCGAGCAGUUCUGUCAUGGCCAACUUUUGUUUAUGUUAUGUUUUCCAUGACGUUUCAAUUUAUUUUAUUUGAUACAAUGGAAUAUCUAUUCCACAUUUCCGUUAUUUCUACUCGCUGUGUACCUAUAAACAUUUAGUCCGAAAUAAACCUGUUAAACCAUAUUUGUUUUUAUAUGACAAUUUUUUAAUAUUUAAAUUGAAUUUAUAGACAAUUUAAAUAAUUAUGUUUCUUUUCAAGAAUAGGAUAUAGGAAUGGUUUAAUAAAAAAAUAUAAAAAUGCUAAGUUUGAUUAUUUUUUGAUGAGCUAUGUGUUCUUGACAACAAUAAUUCUCGACUAUUUAAUGAGUUAAAUUAUGCCCCAUGUAAAAAUGCUUCCCAAAACAUCUAGGAUUGUGGGAUUAUGUUCUGUUGCUAAUUUUAUUAAUGCUGCUGAUAGGGUUAUUAUGCCUAUAGCAAUAGUACCAAUGACAGAUGAAUUUAGAUGGAGUUUACAUUGGCAAGGUUGGAUUCUAUCAGCUUUUGCAUUUGGUUAUUUUACCAGCCAGGUUAUAGGUGCUUGUGCAGCCAACCGAUUUGGUGGAAAAACUGUUUUGCUGUUUGCUGUUUUUCUUUGGUCAGUAUCUACUUCUGUGACACCUCUUCUAGCAACAUCUAUCCAUGCCCUAGUAUUUUGCAGGGUUAUUUUGGGACUUGGGGAAGGCCUAGGACUACCUACUAUUUUCCACAUAUUUGCCCAUAACAUUCCAAUUGAAGAGAGGUCUAGGGCAUUCGGUUAUCUAGUUGCUGCAGGAUCAGUUGGACAAACUGUUGCUUCAGUUAUAUGCCCUCAUCUCGCUUGGCAAACUGGUUUUUAUUUGUUUGGUACUCUUGGUAUUGUUUGGGUUCUUAUUUGGUUAAUGUUCUACAGUGAAAAAAAAAUGUUACAAGACGAAAUACCUUUAUUCAUGCCUAAGGUAACUAAUACCAAUGUGAGAUGGACAGAAUUUUUAAGUCAUUGGGCCCUUUGGGCAAUUUAUUUAGCUCAUUUUGCUAUGAAUUGGUCAAAUUAUAUUAUCAUGCAAUGGCUGCCUACAUAUUUAGCUCGAAAUUUGGGAGCAAACAAGGAAAGCAUUAGCCUUACUGCAGUUCCUUAUAUAAUAAAUUCAUUGGUUGGAAUUCUUGCAGGCCACUUUGCUGAUACAUUAGUUAGUAGAAAAUGGAGUGUUCUUUCAGUUCGAAGAUUAAUGACAAGUAUUGGAUUAUUUGGGCCAGGAAUUUUUUUAUUGGCUUUUUGCACCGUUGAUAAUUUACUUGCAGCUGUUGUGUUUGUUUCAAUAUCUAUGGGUUUAUGUGCAUGCAAUUCAGCAGGUCAUUUGAGCAAUCAUGCUGAUAUAGCUCCAAAUCAUGCUGGUAUUACAUUUGCCAUUUCAAAUACGCUUGCAACAAUACCAGGAAUUUUAUGUGGUCCUUUGACUGCAGAACUUGUUACAACUUCUCAUGGACGAUGGUUUCCGGUGUUUGUUCUGGCAGCAGGCAUCAAUUUUACAUCGGCUGUUAUAUAUUACAGCCAAAGUUCAGCUUCUCAAAUAAUUUGACAUACCUGGCAGGGUUAAAAGGAAGUUUUUAAGAUUUGGAAAAAAUUACUAUUUUUAGACUGAAAAACGCAAUUUAUUGCACAGUGGCCUCACGAUCAAGAAUUGAGUAAUACCAUUUAAAGAAGAAUUUACAAACAUCUUUCAUUAACUUGUGUUUAUGAUACUUGUACAUAUAUAUAUAUAAAUAUUGUUAUUUGAUUAUUAAAUGUUUAUUGAUAUGUUUUGAAUUUACUUAUUAAUUUAUUUACUUAUUUUGCUUUUCUCUAUUUUGUGAAAUAUUAAUUAUUUGCAUUAUAAGAUGAUUUAAAAAAAUUUUUUUUAGUAUAGUUUUAUUUUAAUUUUUUCAGCUAAUGAACAAUAAUACUAUUACUAUAAAAAAAUAAUAAAUAAUAUAAUUAAUAAAGGUCAUAAAUCAUGAACUUGAAAAAAAAUAUCUCUAAAAUAAUAAGGAUAUAUAUUGAUUUGCUAAAAUCGCCCUGCUUACAGACAGACCGGUCGUUAGACCCGUAUGUAAAUAUGUGGGCACUGCCGCACAUCAUACAAGAAGAAGAGCCAGCCAAUCUUGCUCAUGCAGUGGUCAUAUGACCUGUGUUACCGCUCGUAAAAAAAAAAUCCUCGUCUUUCAUCCCAUACUCCUAAAAAAGUUUUAUCAUUAUUGUAUGAUGAGUUAUUUUUAAAAAAUUACAUUGGAGCUUGUAUAAGUUCUAUAUUUUAAAAACUUUUUUAGUAUUUGUUUUAAAUAAAUGGGUCAAGAAAAUUAUAUGGAAAAUGAGAUUAAUUUAAGGUACAAUAUAAGUUUAACAAAGUGUAAAUAGUUUAACUUAUUUCUUCCUAUAAACCAUUAAUGAACCCAACAUUUAAUUUUUGCUUCUCUUUUUUUUUUUUAGGUAUUUAUCUCAAGAUCAUUCACAGAAACAAAUAUAUAUUUUCUCAUUCUCACAUACUAUAAAGGAGGGAGCUCACUUGUCCGCUCCGGAUUUCUCUGGCCCGAUCCGCAUUUAGCCUAAAAACACCCGCUCACUUGUACGGACUGGCUCCACUCCGGAUAAUUUGUUAAAUAUGGUGUCCCCGAGAUGGUGUGAGCUCUAUAAGUACUCUGUCAAAAAGCCUGGGACGAGAAGAGGAUCCCAACUGAUAGGGAACUCCAUUUAUCAACACCCAAAGGGAGUUGUUAGGCUGAACGGGUUGGAGUUUGGUUGCUUUAACAUAGCAAGGGAUAGUUUGAGCCCAUUAUUAUUUCUAAUUUAUAUAGACGAUGUGGUGGCCAUCUGUAAAAGAAGAACAGAAAGGACGUUCCUGGGGAGAGGAAAUCUACGUCCGGUUGUGAUGCAGCUUCUGCUAUAUGCCGAUGAUGUUCUUGUCGCUAAUUCGGCUGAAAAGUUGCAGCAGGAGGUGACUGAAUGGUAUGAGGAACUCUACUGGAAAGGAAUGAAGAUCAAUACCAGCAAAAGUAAGUUACUACAAAUAGAAAUGCAAAAUGAAGAUAUGUAUCUGCACUGCAAUGGAGAGCAAUUAGAAGUAGUCUCAGACUUUACCUACCUAGAAACUGUCAUAGAAAGAGCGGGGAAAUUGGACUUAGAAAUAUCCAACAGAAUAAGCAAAGCAAAUGCAGUCUACUACCAGAUUUGCAACACUGCUGUAGAAAAGCGAGAGGUAGACAAGAACGUCAAGCUCCAUAUAUUUAAAUCUGUGUACCUGCUAAUACUUCUAUAUGGAGCUGAAAGCUGGAUAUUGACAGACAGGCAAGAGAGCAGAGUCACUACUGUUGGAAUGAAGAUUCUGCAGAAAACAGUCGGUAAGACAAUGAGGAACCAAGUUCAUAACGAAAGUAUAAGCCAGGAGCUGGGGAUUGCCUCAUUGAGGUUCUGCAAAUCCACGAAUUGAAAUGGUUUGGCCAUAUGAUUAGGAUGGAGGAAUAUAGGGACCCAUUGAAGAUGAUGGACUACGCUCCGGAUGGCAAAAGACCUCGAGGACGCUUAAAAGUGUCAUAUCUGGAGUACAUUGAUAGGCUCUGCAAAGAUCUCCGUCGAGCCAGGAACCUGGCAAAGACUAGAGCAGAGGUUUGUGAGCUUGGAGACCAGAGUUCCUGGCCGCUCAACCCCUUACGCUGAGAGGCACAAAAGGGAGAAGCUAAAGAAGAAGAAGACUACAAUAAAUCUCCAUUUUCGGAUUACUAAGCAAAAUAACUACGAAUGACAAUAAUUACACAGCUAAUUCAUUCAAUAAAAAUAAUAGCAAUCAAAAUGAGAAAAUAAAUUUUAAGAAAGUUUUUUUACAUUU